CAAUGACUUGAUCCAACGGCCAAAAAUCAUCUCCAUAGGAUCAUAGAAGUCGAUAAAACCCUAACCAAAGGCACACUUUCUGUGCCGUUCGUCUCAGAUCUAUCUCUCAAUUAGGUUUCGAGAUUUAAAACAAGCUAGAUACCAUGUCUCAUCGCAAGUUUGAGCACCCAAGACAUGGCUCGUUGGGCUUUCUUCCAAGGAAAAGGGCAGCCCGUCACAGAGGAAAAGUGAAGGCGUUCCCGAAAGAUGACCCUAGUAAACCCUGUAGACUAACUGCCUUUUUGGGAUACAAAGCUGGAAUGACCCACAUUGUUAGAGAAGUCGAGAAACCUGGGUCAAAACUCCACAAGAAAGAAACAUGCGAGGCAGUGACAAUCAUUGAGACACCACCAAUGGUCGUCGUUGGGCUUGUGGGCUACGUCAAGACCCCACGUGGGCUUCGCAGUCUGAACACCGUCUGGGCCCAACAUCUCAGUGAGGACGUUAAAAGAAGGUUUUACAAGAACUGGUGCAAGUCAAAGAAGAAGGCUUUUACCAAAUACGCAUUGAAGUACGAGAACGACUCAGGCAAGAAGGAAAUUCAAUCACAGUUGGAAAAAAUGAAGAAGUACUGCAAUGUCAUCCGUGUGCUGGCACACACACAGAUCCGAAAGAUGAAGGGCUUGAAGCAGAAGAAGGCCCACUUGAUGGAGAUUCAGGUGAACGGCGGUGACGUGGCACAAAAGGUUGAUUUCGGAUACAGUUUCUUUGAGAAGCAGAUUCCGAUUGACGCUGUGUUCCAGAAAGAUGAAAUGAUUGAUAUCAUUGGUGUGACCAAGGGUAAGGGUUAUGAAGGCGUUGUGACUCGUUGGGGUGUGACUCGUUUGCCCCGUAAGACUCAUCGUGGGCUGCGUAAGGUUGCUUGUAUCGGUGCCUGGCAUCCGGCUAGGGUUUCGUUUACGGUUGCACGAGCUGGUCAGAACGGGUAUCAUCAUCGAACUGAAAUGAAUAAGAAGGUUUACAAGCUCGGGAAGGCUGGCCAGGAGUCUCAUUCCGCUCUUACUGAAUUUGACAGGACUGAGAAGGAGAUAACCCCAAUGGGCGGGUUCCCACACUAUGGUGUGGUGAAAGAUGAUUUUCUUAUGAUCAAGGGGUGUUGCGUGGGACCGAAGAAACGUGUCGUGACUUUGAGACAGUCUCUGUUGACCCAGACAUCUCGGCUUGCGAUGGAGGAGAUUAAGCUCAAGUUCAUAGACACGUCUUCUAAGUUUGGGCAUGGUCGUUUCCAGACCGCAGAUGAAAAGGCAAAGUUCUAUGGACGAGUCAAAGCUUAAGGAUUUAAAUACAAUUCGGCCAGAUGUUUUGUUAUGCUGUUUGUUUUUGGCUUUUAUCGAAGAUUUUUUAAGGAUUUGGUUAUGCGAAGUGGUUGAAAUUUUGAUUCCUAUAAUUCGUUAAUGUUUGUUCUUUAUUGAUGCAAAAGGUGCUAGUCGGGUUGCUGACGGGUUGGAAAUAAAAUGAGUUCUUUUUU